UAUAGCGUGCUUGCUGGCUUGAAUCCCCUUCCUGGGAAUGUUUAGUGGUUGUGAACCUGACACAGCGCACUCCUGGAUCUCUUCUGCCAGGUUAAUCCAAAAGAGAAUAUUUCUCGAAUCAGAGAAGUCCCUGCAGUUUUUUUUUUUUAUGUUUUCGGAAGUGGUUUGCCUUCUGCCGAGGGAUGAGAGAGAGUGACUGGCCCAAAGUCACCGGCCGGCUUUCUGCCUAAGAUGGGAUUAGAACUCGGGGUCCCCCGGUUUGUAGCCAGAUGCCUUUAACCACUGCACCAAACUGGCUCUCAGGGUGUUUAAGGAAAUGGAUACGAUGAAAAAUAUUAGGCUGGGGAAAGCUGAAAUAUAGACCAAUGUUUCUGAACCUUGGCGGCUUUAGGAUGUGCGGACUUCUGGGAAAUAGAUUGUGUCUAAGACUGGUCCUUUGCUUUGCAGAACGCCAGAUUUCCAUCAAAAAUAAAAAAUCAUAAUUUAAAAAUAUAAGAAAUCAGGUAGGCCAAUGAGCCAGCUGCCAGGGUAUCAGAUUGAUUGCAAAUCCAGUUUGAUAGAGACAGUCCAUUUCCAGCCACUGAUGGUGAUGUCUCUUGAUUAGUUUUUUUCAAACUUGGCAACUGUAAGAUGUGUGGACUUCUGUGCUGGCUGGGGAAUUCUGGGAGUUGAAGUCCACACAACUUAAAGCCACCAAGGUUCAGAAACACUGAUAUAGACAGAAUCUCAAGGUGGUUGAAAUUAAACCCAUUUAUCAUUAUUCAGGGAAGAUUUCAGUACACAGAAUCAGUUAUAUAUUAAGCUUUUGAACAUAAGCCAGUUGUUUAGUGUUUUACUUUUCUGCAGCAAAAGAACCCCAUGAGGUCCACCCUAAAAGCCCACUGCACCCUCAAAUGCGAUGUGGCCCCAUCUACUGCAGCUGCAAUGUACAGACGAUUCUGGUUCAAUUCCUGAUCUUCCUUUUUCUUUCUUAUUAUGGGCAAAUAUUUGUCUCAGCUGUUGUUUCCCUCAAUGGCAACUGCCAGCUGGGUGGACUUCAACUUCCAGAAUUCUGUACAAUGCCCAAGGAAUUCUGGGAGUUGAAGUCCACCAGUUUGGAAGGUGUCCACAUUGGGGACAGAGGUUGAAGGGGAACAGCUAGUCUUACCUUACCUGAUGCUCUGCAAAUGUCGUACAAUUCCCAGGCUUCCAGCUAGCGUUGGUCAUGCCUCAGGUGUAACAAUCCUGCUUUCAGACAAUCCUGCCUCUUGUCUCCCGCUUUCCCAGGUUCUUGGAAAUGCAGAUGAUGGCCCAACCUAAGCAGCCUGCGACAUCUUUUGUACAAUCCUGAUCCUUUGAAAGAAGACCAUUUGGUGUGCCCCAUUUCCAGCCAUGUCAGAACCCAUUACACUAAAUGUUGGUGGGAAGUUGUACACGACUUCCCUCUCCACUUUGACCAGCUUUCCAGACUCCAUGCUGGGUGCCAUGUUCAGUGGGAAGAUGCCAACCAAAAGAGACAGCCAAGGCAACUGCUUCAUUGACAGAGAUGGCAAAGUUUUCCGCUACAUCCUCAACUUCUUGAGAACUUCUCAUCUGGACCUUCCCGAGGACUUCCAAGAAAUGGGCUUGCUUCGGCGGGAAGCAGACUUUUACCAGGUCCAACCACUGAUUGAAGCCUUACAGGAAAAGGAGGUGGAGCUCUCCAAAGCAGAGAAGAACGCUAUGCUCAACAUCACUUUGGAUCAGAGGACACAAACAGUUCAUUUCACUGUCCGGGAAGCUCCCCAGAUCUAUAGCUUGUCCUCUUCUAACAUGGAAGUGUUCAGUGCCCAUAUAUUCAGCACUUCCAGUUUGUUCCUCAAACUUCUAGGUUCCAAACUUUACUACUGUUUCAAUGGCAACUUGGCAUCCAUCUCUAGUUAUUUACAGGAUCCCUAUCAUGUGACCUUAGAUUGGGUGGCCAGUGUGGAAGGCCUGCCAGAAGAAGAGUACACAAGGCAGAACUUAAAGAGAUUGUGGGUCCUGCCAACGAAGAAGCAAAUUAACAGUUUCCAGGUCUUUGUGGAGGAGGUACUUAAAAUUGCCAUGAGUGAUGGCUUUUGUGUGGACUCCUCUCACCCACACACCUCGGAUUUCAUGAAUAAUAAGAUCAUCCGGCUGAUUCGCUACAAAUAGGCAUCGCUCCCUUGGCAGCGGGUCCUCUAUAAUUGUAAUGUUGCGUUGGAGUUGCGUUGUGUCACAAGCGGCAGCCUGGAGCUGACUUCAGAAAUCAUGCGCUAAUCUAAACCUUGAGUUCUAACUGAAGGAGGUUAGUUUUCACUUAAAAAGACUAACCCAUCUGUACUAAAACUAGAAACAGGAGUGUGGUGGAUUGCUAUGUGGGCUGCAUAAGAAUUGCAUAAGCUUCUUGCUCCAUAUAAAUUGGUGGCUCUACUUCAAGAGACAUAAUUAGAAAACCAACAUGUUCUCACAUGGCCGUGUUAGCUUUGGCAAUAGAAGUGUGCAAAAUGUUUUGAAUCCAGAAGGUUUCAGGCUCAGAACAGGUUUAUUUCUUUAUUAUUUCUUAAACACUUCUAUAUGGGCACCUGUCUACCAGAAGGAGCUCUGGGUGGCAAAUGAGUUCGCAAUCCCAUUUAAAUGAAAAGCUGUUUAAAUGAAGAAACAGCAUUGAGGCACAGUAGUUAUUCCAAACAACUUUUUUUUUUUUAAUGCUCAAAGGAUGGCUUGAGGUGGAGACAACUUGGAAUAUUUCCGAUAGGGCUGGAACCGUCUGUUUUGAAUUCAAAAUAUUUUGUACUCUGAUUGGCACUGAUGAGCACAUUCUAUCCAGAUGUCACCCCUUGUCACAUCCAGGGUUGUGGUGCCUUGUGGGGAAAAGCAGCAAUUAGGACAUCAGUGGGAAAGAAGGGGGGGGAAAUGAUUGUACUUCUAAUUAUAAAGUAGUCUGAAGCUGGAAUGAAACUGUCCAUUCCUACUCUGGGGAGAGAGAGGACAAUAUUCAGCAGUGUUUCUCAACCUUGGCAACUUGAAGAUGUGUGGACUUCAA